GGAGCACUUUGAUGUUAGCUACUUUUUUAAUUAUAUCUUUGAACUUCCUGACUUACCUUCUCCAGACUGGGACAUUUUUACAGACCCACCUAUCAACAUACCACUAACUCCUUUAGGUUCCUCGGAAGCAGAAGUAGAGAUGCAAUACAAUUAA